AUGGCAGAUAUCGCCAUGGACAUCGACACAAAUCUUUUAGGAGAAUCUGCGAAGCGCAAAGCCCCCGAAACAAAGUCGAAGAAUAUCCAUUUCACCUCCCGCAACCCGCCCUGGACCUACCUCAAGCUUAAGCUUAUUCCCCAACCUGGCAAUACUCCCCAACCCCUGGAUGCCCUCUCCGCACGAACAUACCUCUCCUCCGCAUUGUCUCAAUUCCUAGGUUUAACAGGAACCUCAAUCCCGAUCGACAUCUUGAAAAUCGAGAACGCACGCCAACCAACCGAGAAAUACGACACUGUCUGGUUACGCGUUCCACGCGAAGAUGCAAGCGCUGUUGUGAGCGCGGUCAGCUCCUGGAUCGGGGGCGGAAACAAAUCCGUGGGCUCCGCUGAUGUCGCGUGGAGAAUCUGUGCAAAAGGAAACUUUUUGGGUGCAUUGGUUGCGGGGUCUGGUGAGGAUUUGUUCGUCCCCUAG